AUGGCCAUCGUGGAUACAUUAGCGUGGGUAACUCCACUUUUAAUGUCAGUUUUGGGCGUGAUUUUGAACCUCCUUUCAAUGGGUGCCAUAUUGAGCUUCAAAACUUUACGCAAAACCAAAAAUAUUUUCAUCUCUCAUCUGUCCUUCUGUGAUUUCGUUGCAUCUAUUUGUAUUGUGAUUACUUAUAUCAAAUAUCUUACUCAAUUGGACUUUUCUACGUCAUUUGUACAACAUACAUUCGGAGUGGCCUUGGUGAUGUCACUUCUCAGCACCCUUGCCAUCGCCGUAGAACGAUUCAUCAUCUUCUAUCUUGAUCCUUUUGGAAAUCGCAAGAUCAUAACCCCAUUUCGAACGACCCUAGCAUUUUUGGUAAGCUGGGCCUGUGUAAAUGUGAUGUUUUACCUGAUGGGCUACCUCAUCAGAGAAAGUCUGUACCGGAUUUCCAAGGUGAUUUUAUCAUCUUCAAUCUGGAUUGCCAUAAUUGUAACUGCAGCCUUUUAUGGGAUCAUCUAUCAGAAAAUCACGUCGGCGUCCAAAGGAAUUGGAGCGUCGGACACCUUUCUCCAGCGGAGGUACAAGGUGCAUCAGAAGAUCAUAGUGACAUUCAGUCUUGUAGUUGGAACGACUGGACUGUGUUGGCUUCCGCUAACAGUGACAGAGUUCUUGAAGGCGUUUCCGCAAGUUCAUGACACACCUUGGUUCAUCGCCCUCGACCGAAUUUUCUUCAGUAUUCUGUGCUUGAACCAGGUCUUGAAUCCGAUCAUCGUCUGGUCCAGGAUGACGGAGUUUAGGGAUAAGCUUAAGGUCUGUAGACGAGGAGAGCGAGAGGGUGAUAGGGGUGAGAAUAAUGAGCAGACCAACCUAACAUCCGUAUCAGCCAACGUGCCAGUAAACAUAGACUCUAGAGACAAUUCCAUUUUCACAAUGUCACCAUGAGCUAUUCCAAUUAUCUUUAUGACGCCGUCAAAUUCCAAAACAGGGGCGGCGAAACGGGAGGGGGUGUG